AAGUGCGUUGCGUACGUUUUGUUUACAUUUUCAGUAGAGUCCGUUGUCAACCAAAUUAUUACUGAAAAUUUUAUUAGAAUGCAUUCAUAUCGCUCUUAUGUCUAAAGUUUUUGAUUAUUACAGUGUUAACAAUAACUAAAAAUGAGGACAGUACCGAAAUGGGUUAAUAAAAUUCACGAAGCCGAUAAAAUAGAAUUUUCGAGCGUCCACACGAUAUGCUAUAGUCCAGAUGGUACUCAACUGGUAAUUGGUGCUGGCGAAAAAGUUAUGGUUUACGAUCCCCGAGAUGGGUCUUUGGUCCAACUGCUUCAGGCCCAUAAAGGCGCAGUGCACGCCGUGGCUUACUGUGGCGACGGAAAAAAAUUUGCAAGUGGCAGUUCCGAUAAAAAUGUAAUCAUAUGGACGUCUAAAAUGGAAGGGGUGCUCAAAUAUUCGCACAGUGAAGCAAUUCAAUGUCUAGCAUAUAAUCCUGUCACAUAUCAUUUGGCGUCCUGUGCACUCUCAGACUUUGCAUUCUGGUCAGCGGAAGUUAAAGCAGUGCAGAAGUAUCGAGUGACGGGACGCAUUACAAGCUGUGCUUGGGCCCCCAACGGGCAGUACUUAGCUGUUGGGCUAGCUGUUGGUGCUGUUUCUAUAAGGGAUAAAGUUGGGGAUGAGAUAAAAAGGAUAACAAGAGAAGCUGCAGUGUGGGCUGUAAACUUUACCAAAACAUGUCUUAUUGUCUCAGAUUGGAAUGAAACAUUAUCCUUUUAUAAUGUACAGGGACAACAAAUUCUUAAAGAAAGGAACAUAGGUAUAGCAGCACUAUCAGUGUCAAUGCUUGGCGAGCUAAUACUGGUAGGGGGAGUGGGAGGAUGGGCCGUGCUUACAUCAGAAGGUGUGCCCAUACUCAACACCCCGCAGGAAUGGGUGUGGUCCAUCACUCCGUCACCAUCUCUUGCCACACUUGCAGUGGGUUGCCAGGAUGGCACUCUAUGGUGCUACCAAACAGUGUUCAGCACAGUGCACGGGCUGUACCGCGAGCGGUACGCGUACCGCGAGAACAUGACCGACGUGAUCAUACAGCACCUCACCACCGGCACCAAGGUGCGCAUCAAGUGCCACGACAGGGUGCAGAAGAUCGCCAUUUACAAACAUCGCUUGGCGGUGCAACUGCCGGAGCGGGUCGUCGUGUACGAGCAGGGCGACGUGGAGGGCAUGCUGUACCGCGUGAAGGAGAAGCUGCCGCAGAGGACCGAGUGCUCGCUGCUGGUGGCCACCAGCGACGCGCUGUUGCUGUGCCAGGAUACCAAACUAUCAAUUAUUGGAAGGCGGAUACCAAAGACAUGGACAGUACCAUCACCGAUUCGUUACGUCAAAGUUACCACCCUGUAUUUUGAAGAAGUCUUAUUGCUGGGCCUGUUAAAUGGACAAAUAUGGCAAGUGGAGCCGCGCUGUGGAAGUUGCAAGCUGGUGCUGUCGACGCCUGGCAGCGUGCGCUGCCUCGACGUGAGCGCGGCGCGCGCGCGGCUCGCGGUCGUCGACGACGCGUCCGUGGCGCGCGUCUACAGCCUGCCCACCUCCGAGCUGCUGUACACGGAAGAGAAUGUGUCGUCGGUGUCGUGGAACUCUUGGUGCGACGAGCUGCUGUCGCUGUCGGGCGGCGGGCUGCUGGCCGUCAAGGCCGCGCACUUCCCCCCCGCCACGCAGCCGCUGCUCGGCUCCGUGGUCGGCUUCCAGGGUGGUCGAGUGUUCUGCCUCCAGUCAAACUCGAUGCAAACAAUUAACGUGCCUCUGUCGCACGCUGUUCAUCAGUACGUGCAGCAGAAAAUGUUCAACGAGGCGUACGCAGUGGCGUGUCUUGGCGUCACGCCACUGGACUGGGAGCGGCUCGGCGAAGCUGCGCUCGAAGAACUGGCGUUCGAGGUCGCCCGCAAGGCCUUCCAGCGCAGCGAGAACCUCAUCUUUCUCUCGCUCAUCGAUCAUUUACAGGAGCGGUUCGAGGCGGGCGAGAAACGCGCCGUGGUCUCGGGCGAGGUGCUGGCGUACCGCGGCCACUACGGCGACGCGGCGCGCGCGUUCCGAGGCGCGGGCCGCGACGACCGCGCGCUAGACCUCUACGUUGACCUGCGCAUGUUCAACAAGGCCCAGGAGUUCGUGGGCGAGGGCGAGGGCGGCGCGGCGCUGGCGCGGCGGCGCGCCGAGUGGGCGCGGCACGUGAACGAGCCGCGCGCCGCCGCCGAGAUGUACCUCGCGGCCGGAGACGUGCGCCGCGCCGCGCAGCUCAUGGCCGAGAGCGGCCGCAGGGACAUGUUGAUAGAGCUAGCACGCAAGUUGGACAAAGGCUCAAGCGACUCCCUGCGAUACGUCGCGGAAGCCCUGGCUACGGCUGGUGAGCCCGCAGCCGCGGCCGACGUCUACCAGCGUCUCGGCGACUACAGGAAAGUGGCGCAGCUGGCGGUAGCGGCGGGCGAGUGGCCGCGCGCGUUCGCGCUCGCGCGCGAGCACGCGGAGUGCCGCCGCGACGUGUUCCUGCCGCACGCGCACCGCAUGGCGCGCGAGAACAAGUUCGUUGAGGCGCAGAAGGCGUACCACAUGGGCGGCGAACUGGACACGGCGCGACGGGUGUUCUCCAUACUGGUGAACAACGCCGUGGCCGAGGAGCGCUUCGGCGACGCGGGCUACCUGCACCGCCUGCUGGCUGCGCAGUGCCUCGAGACCGCCGGCGCCGCACCUGUUGACAGGGAGCGGGAGCGCAGCAUGCGCGAGUACUCUCACAACUGGCGGCUGGCGCGCGUGUACCACGCGUACGAGGCGGUGCACCGCUGCGUGCACGAGCCGUUCUCGCUGAGCCAGCCCGACGCGCUGCUCAACGCGGCCCGCAUGGUGCUCGCGUUCGUCGCCGACCAGCCACCGCCCGGCGUCUCUAUGUUCUGUUUAUAUUUAUGUCUCGCUAAGCAAGCGAAGACCCUCAACGCCCAUUCGCUCGCUCGGCAAAUGUUGGACAAGAUCUUGGCUCUGCAAAUACCACAAAAAUUUCAAGAGAGCGUAGAGCUGUUGAUACUGAAGAGCCGAGCGGGCGGGUCGGCGGACCGGCAGGACGACGACGUGGCGCCGCUGUGCUGGCGCUGCCGCCGCCACGCCGCGCCCACGCCCGCGCCGCGCUGUCUCCACUGCAAACACACACCUGCCUAUUCGCUGCCUUCGCAUGAUGUACUGCCCUUGGUGCAGUUCGUGCCCGCGGAAGGCAUAUCGUAUGAAGAGGCUCUGGAGCUAAUAGAGCGCACGUCGCUGCCCGAUACCGACGCGCGAGAGGACACGGGCGGCGCCGACGUGCUCCGGAUAAACCACGACGUCGACGAGUACGACCCGUUUCUUGACAAGUUCGAUGAGGAAGAAGAGGGCGGGCCGGUGGUGUGCUCCCGCAGUGCACUUGUACGGCUCAGCCCGGCGAGCGUGGUGGUGGUGCGGGCCGGCGCGGGCGCGGGCGCGGGCCUGCCGCCGCCGCUACUCUACCGCAACAUGCUGCCUGAGCUACCUGUCAUACCGUGCCCGUACUGCGGCUCGUUGUUCUACCUAGAGGACUAUGAGGUGCUGCUGGUGACGAAGGGCCAGUGCCCGUUCUGCCGGCAGGCCGGCGAGCGCGGCGCGCGCGCGCCCGACUCCGCGCCCUCCACGCCGCCGGCCUAG